AUGCGUAUCCCAGCAGUGUUUGGGAUACUUUCCACUCUUUCAUUUGCCCUCGCCUCUGAUUAUAUACCAAGCCAUCGCUACCAUGAUUUACACAAGCGAGUUUUGAAUGGAACCACCACAAAAGCCGGAACUGCAGAGUAUGACUAUGUGGUAGUCGGCUCCGGUCCUGGAGGUGGACCCCUCGCUGCACGACUAGCUCUUGCUGGGUUCAAGGUUCUUCUCAUAGAUGCAGGCGAUGACCAGGGGAAUGCUACCAGGCAGAUUGUGCCUGCUCUUCAGCUCCAGUCUACGGAAUACACGCCCAUGAGGUGGGACUACUUCGUCAACCACUACUCCAAUUUGACCCGCCAGGAGGAGGACUCGAAAAUGACAUACCGUACUCCGUCUGGAGAUCUUCAUGUCGGUAGCAACGCUCCAAGUGGAUCGGAUCCUCUAGGAAUCUUGUACCCUCGCGCUGGUACUUUGGGUGGUUGCUCUGCCCACAAUGCUAUGAUUACAAUCUACCCAUACGAGAACGACUGGGAGAAUCUUGCAGCUCUCACCGGCAACGAAUCCUGGUCCGCCUCCAACAUGCGUGGAUAUUUCGAGAAAUUGGAGCGCAACAGAUACCUGCCAAGCAGCAUUGUUGGCCAUGGAUUUGAUGGAUGGCUCACAACCAGCCUGACGGACUUACGUCUUGUUAUUGAAGACCAAAAGCUUCUGUCGUUAAUCCUGGCGGGUGCAACUGCUGCUGGUACAAGUCUCUUGGGUAAAAUUGUUGACACGGUUACAGGGCUCGCCGGAGUCUUGUUGCGCGAUAUGAACAACCCCGGUCCCCUGCACGACUACCAGACUGGUCCUUUCCAGGUACCUCUCGCUGUGGACGUUCCUGAAUACAGAAGAACUGGUCCCCGAGACUUCCUUUUGCAAACCGUUAAUGCUGUCAAUGAUGAUGGUUCGCGUAAAUAUCACCUUGAUAUCCAGCUGAACACACUUGUCACAAAAGUUCGAUUCGAUAACAUGGGAGCCAAGCCUCGAGCUACAGGAGUGGAGUACCUCCAGGGACAAAGCCUAUAUCGUGCAGAUCCCCGUGCUUCCAUGUCCGCUGGUGGCACUCCCGGCAGCGUGAACGCCACCCGCGAAGUUAUCAUCUCGGCAGGAUCAUUCAACACUCCCCAGCUACUGAAGCUGAGCGGAAUCGGUCCAAAGGAGGAGUUGUCCAGAUUUGGUAUCAAGACUUUGGUAGAUCUGCCGGGCGUGGGUUCCAAUCUCCAGGAUCGGUAUGAAACAGGUGUGGUUGGCAAGUCCCCAACUGACUUUGUGCUCACCGAAAAAUGCACUUUCAUGUACACCCUUCCAGACCCUUGCCUGGAGCAAUAUGAGAAUGAUCCCCUAUUCAAAGGCACCUACACCACCAACGGGAUUGCCAUUGCGAUCCUUCGACAAUCCUCGGUCGCUGACGAUGAGCCCGAUCUUUUCAUUUCAGGGGCACCUGUGAACUUUCCCGGUUACUAUCCAAACUACUCUUACGAGGGUCUCAAGGAUUCUCAGCACUGGACGUGGAUUACCUUGAAAGCUCGUAGCCGCAACAACGCUGGAACUGUUCAACUGCGAUCAGCCGAUCCUCGGGAUACUCCCCUUAUUAACUUCAAUUCUUUUGAUGCCGGUGUGACUACUGAUGGUGCGGACGACAAAGAUCUUCAGGCCGUUUAUGAGGCUAUGGAAUUCUCUCGCACAAUCUUCGAGGACCUCAUUCCCCUUGAUGGAGGCUUUGAGGAAGUCUGGCCUGGUCCCAAUGUUACGACGGAGAGUGAGCUGAAGGACUUCAUCAAGCGGGAGGCAUGGGGUCAUCAUGCCUGCUGCACUGCUGCUAUUGGAGAAGAUGGAGAUCCCCAAGCCGUCUUGGAUGCGGAUUUCCGUGUCCGUGGUGUUGAUGGCCUGCGUGUUGUGGAUGCCUCGAUCUUCCCCAAGAUUCCGGGUUACUACAUUGCCCUUCCUAUCUACAUGGUCAGUGAGAAGGCUGCGGAGGUCAUCAUUUCUGAUGCUGUAUAA